AUGAAUAUGGCACGCAGACUCGAUGUUAUUAUAUUCGGUGCGAGUGGAUUUACUGGAAAGUAUGCCGUGCUCGAGAGUAUCAAACUGUUGGCCAAUAUGAAAUGGGGCAUCGCUGGUCGAAGCCAAAAUAAGCUACAGGACAUACUGAAGGAAAUAGGCGAUAAGGCCAAGACGGAUCUAUCACACGUACCGAUUGUGCUGGCCGAUGUGGACAACCAGGACUCGCUGCACAAUAUGGCGCGAGACUGCCGUGUAGUGGUCAACUGCUGCGGCCCGUACCGGCUGUACGGUGAACCGGUGCUAAAGGCAUGCCUUGCUGAGCGUACGCAUCAUGUCGAUGUGAGCGGUGAACCACAAUUUCUUGAAGGUAUGCAGCUAAAGUAUCACGAAGCGGCUAAGGAGAAAGGCAUCUACCUUAUCUCGGCCUGUGGAUUCGAUAGCAUUCCGGCCGACAUGGGGACGGUGUUUUUGGAGCAACAGUUCGAUGGUGUCGUUAAUUCUGUGGAGAGCUACAUUGUUUCCAAGCAGAAGGGUCGGCGCGAACUGGGUGCCAUCCAUUAUGGUACGUGGGCAUCAGCGGUGCAUGCCAUCGCUAAUAUGCACGAGGUGGGUGAAAUUCGUCGGAAACUGUUCGCAAAGAAAAUGCCCGAUGUCAAACCAAAGCUUGCGGAGCGGCCAGUUCUGCACCGGUCGGAAAACGGGAACAAGUGGUCGCUACCGUUCCAAGGAGCUGAUCGUUCGUGCGUCGCCCGUACGCAGCGGUUUUUCUAUGAGACGGAAAACAAACGUCCCCUGCAGAUGAGGGCGUACAUAUCGUUUGGCGGAUUUGCAGAAGUAUUGGCUGUAUCGUUUGUGGGAGCUAUCUUUUGGUUGAUGGUGAAGACCAAUUUCGGCAGACAGAUGUUGCUUAAUCAUCCCAAACUGUUCUCCUUGGGAUUGGUUUCUCAUCAGGGCCCCAGCGACGAAGCGAUGAACAACACCCAAUUUGCGCUUUACUUUGAGGGCAGAGGAUGGGAAGAAAAGCUAGCCAGUCCGGAGGAUAAGUAUACCACACCUCCGAAUAAGGUCAUUCGUACGAAGGUCGCCGGAACUAAUCCGGGAUAUGGGGCCACGUGUGUUGCGCUAGUACUUUGUGCCCGUACAAUCCUACAGGAAGGCGACAAAAUGCCGGGAAGAGGCGGUUACCUAACUCCGGGGGCAGCAUUUGCAAAGACGAAUCUGAUCAACGAACUUUGCCAGAAUGGAUUCGCAUUUGAAGUGCUGUCGACGGCCAAAUUGUGA